AUUAUGAGAAAUCAAACUUCUAUAACUGAGUUUAUCCUGUUGGGAUUUACAGACAAGCCAGAGUUUCAGGUCAUGAUAUUCAUCUUCCUGUUUCUCACCUACAUAUUCAGUGUUAUGGGUAACUUGAUCAUCAUCACCCUCACCCUGCUGGACUCUCAUCUCCAGACACCGAUGUAUUUUUUCCUGCGAAAUUUCUCCUUCUUGGAAAUUUCAUUCACUAGUAUUUUCACGCCAAGAUUCUUAAACAGCGUCCUAACGGGGAAUAAUACCAUCAGCUUUGCUGGCUGCUUCACUCAGUAUUUCUUAACCAUAUUUCUUGGGUCCACAGAGUUUUGCUUGCUGGCUGCCAUGUCCUAUGACCGCUACGUGGCCAUCUGCAAACCCCUACAUUACAUGACCAUCAUGAACAGCAGAGUCUGCACCCAGCUGGUUCUCUGCUGUUGGCUAAGUGGUUUUCUAAUCAUCUUAUCCCCAAUCAUCCUGACUAGCCGGCUGGAUUUCUGUGACUCCAAUGUGCUGGAUCAUUUUUUCUGUGACUAUGGGCCCCUCUUGGAGAUCUCCUGCUCAGACACCAGCCUCUUAGAGCUGCUUGACUUUAUGUUAGCCUGUGUGACCUUGAUCAUCACACUGGCACUGGUGAUGCUUUCAUACACUUACAUCAUCAAAACUAUUCUCAAGAUCCCAUCAGCGCAGCAAAGAAAAAAGGCCUUCUCCACCUGCUCUUCGCACAUGAUUGUCAUCACCAUCUCUUAUGGCAGCUGCAUCUUCAUUUACAUUAAGCCUUCAGCAAAAGAGGGAGUGGCCUUCAACAAGGGAGUGGCCGUGCUCAUUACUUCUGUUGCUCCCCUGUUGAAUCCUUUCAUUUACACCCUAAGGAACCAGCAAGUCAAACAAGCCUUCAAAGAGAUGGUCAGAAGAUUUGCGGGUUUGAAUGCCACAUAG